UCCAACCUCAAAAUCGACUUCCACUCGGUGGACGAGUUCUACAUCCUGCUCGACGACCCCCACAAGCCGUGGUUACCUGGAGAAGAAGUGUCGGGCCAGAUCAUUCUCAUCUCCAACAAGAACCUCGCCAACAUCGUCAUCACGCUCUCGUUGAUCGGACACGUAAAGAUCAACGCCUCGUCGCACUCCAAAUUGCGUCCCAUCAAGUACUGCUUGUUCAACCACACCAUCAAGAUCUACGGUGACUCACCGCUGGCUGCGUCGGAAAAUGACUUCGCCAAUGGCUUGUUCAAGGGCGAGCACCGCUUCCCGUUCAUCGUCAAGCUCCCCAACAAGCGCAUCUUCACCUCCAUCGAUUUUGGCAAAGGCUCCAUCGCAUACCUCUUGCGAGCGUCCAUCGGCAACUUGAGCUCCUACGCCAGCCCUGUGCCUGCUGCGUCGCCCAACCACGGUCUUGCAGCGGCCAUUUCCAAUUCGCCGUCUACCCAUUCGUCCCCCAUCGACUCCAAUAGCCCCUCCAGUACCACCAGCCACAUGUUCUCCAAGAACAGAAGCCUUAAGGUGCUCAACAACCCAAUCUACACUGCGGAAAAAAUCAUCAACCUCAUUAGCCCCAUCAACGUGGCGACGUUGCCUCCGCCAAAGCCCAAAAGACUCAUCAUCAAGGACCCACGGAACAGCAGAAGGCUCUCGCGAACCCAGUCGUCCACCUCCACCAUCAACACCAUAAACACUGUCAACAGUUAUAGCACCUACUCCUCCAACAACUCGGAGGAAGCAGGAAUAACGGCCCAGCCGUCCAUGCCCAAUGGUGUCAAACGUGUCAAUUCUGCAGGAACUGUGGCCACUACCAACGCAUCUGCGCAAGUGCCGCUGCCUGCGCAGGAAGCACUCAAGUCCGACAACAUCAAGGUGUCGUUGGAAAUAGCGCAACGAGGGUUCAUCCGAGGCGAGUUGAUUCCCAUAAAAAUCUCCAUCAACCACCUCAAAAAGGUCCAGGAUGUCAAUGGCAUAAUCGUCACUUUUGUGCGUGUUUGCAGGCUUGACAAGCCUGACGGCACAUUUGAGUCGUUCCGGAAAGACUUACAGCAGCUGAUUAUUCCACUCUACGUGGAUCCGGUCACCUUUAAGUCCGAGAUCAACAGCAGCGUCAGAGUACCUGCGGAUGCGUUUCCGACUAUCGUAGGAUGCCCUUUGGUGUCGUUCCAGUACUUCAUCGAGGUGUUGAUCAAUUUGUCGGGUAAAUCGUUGACCUUGGAUGACGAGAACAUGCAUCCUCCGCACCAUAGAUCAUCGUUUGACGACGUGGAAAACCACUCGGGUUCACAAUCGGAUAUCUUGGGAUCUGGAACCGACUCUUACAAGUUUAAUUUCAACUUCAACUCAACGGUAUCGACCUUGCAGCACCAGAAGGAGCGAUCAGGCUUCGUCAAUACAGACAAGUUCAAAAGACUGAAGAAAUUUCUUCAGUUGACCACAGAGAUUAUUAUUGGCACCCACAGAGGUUCGCCUGCCACUGUGAGUCAGACAAGCUCGUCUCCUCGUCCAGGGCCACCGGUCUCUGCUCAAUCUCCCGACCAGAAUUACUCCGCGGGCUCUGCAAUCACGGGUGUGGCGCCUGCUCCAAGUCCCAGCUACAUUGGAGCCAUUCCCGAGUCCAUUGAGAUGAACAACUUCCACACUCCUCCGUACUUCGAGAGCCACCAAAACCACACCAGCACUGCCAACUCCAGCUCCAUUCCCAACUAUGACGAAUUGGCAUAUAUCAGCAGUUCUGGAGGUGCUGUGAUAGAUCCUCCAGCCACGGCUCCAGGAUCCUUGUCUGAAAAGGAGCGCAUGAAGCUCCAUGAGUCCAGCUUGUUACCCUCAGUGCCUCCUGAGUUCGACGAUGGUGAGGACAACGGUUCAGUCCUGUCUCCGACCGUCAGCGUAGGCGAGGGAACGCCCAACGAAGCAGUCGAGGCUAGCCACCAGUUCCAAUUCUUCACCUUCCAGAGCCCCCUCAACACCAUCUCGGAGGCUGACCAUCCCCAGCCCAACGACAGUGACGAUGAUCUCUAUCGUGACCCCACCACCACUGCGAGCGACGACCAGUACAGUGCUAUCGACUUCGUUCCCAAGUACGAAACGGUUAACAACGACAAACUCAUUGCUGAGGGCGCCAACGUGGGUACUGGUACCCACGAAAGC